UAAUCGAUUGGCGCUAAUUGUAUUCAAUAUGGAGGUCGGUACUGACUAUUUGUCAUAUGUCAGAUCAGCACUGCUAGUGUUUCUUCGGUAUUAGUUCAUAUCUGAACAUGCUCUUCUCGCAAAUUGAUUGAUAGCAAGAAAUUCGAAGCAUUCCUCAAAAGAGGUACAGCGUAAUGUCGUGGUAAUUUAUCCAGGGCUUGUGUUGGAAACACGACCGUGAAUGUUCAAGCCGCCGUGGCUAGGAGCAGAGAGAGAGAGAGAGAGAGGGGAGAUCCAUCUCAAGGCUCAUGGUCAGGAUAUUUUACUAAGAUGUCGGUACCGGGGUUGAAGAUGCGCUCGGAUUGAAGUGGGUGAAGCCAACUGGGUAGUCUUUGUGUUUCAAGUGUGGACAUUGUGCUGGGCCAUUUCCCGAGGGCGCAGAGACCGCUGUCAAGAAUAUGUGAUGGUAUAAGAACACUGGUGCAAGAUUCCUUGCCAGGCGUCAAAAAUCUUUGCGCCCAAAAGUGUCUAGAUUUUUAUUACGCACCAUGCCGAACAGUUUGAAGGAAUUAGAGGUGGAAUGGCGUUGCUAAAUAUCUAAUUAACUCUAUUUGAUGUUCAAAGCGAAUCUGUCGAGCGAAAGCAGGCACGGUUUCAGCGAUAGGGACAGGAGAACCGUUCGUUCCAUGGUACCAGUGCACGGGAUGUAAUAUUCGAAAAGCAAGCAUUGAUUUUCUAGGAUUUUCGCCCUCCUCAAAGUCUUUAAACAGCGGGCAGAUCUACAUGGACAGAGUGUGUUUCUGAGGAAUCAAAUUUUAACGGAUGGAAUGGGGUAUGGGUGAAAACACAUGCCGGUAGAACGCAUGGCUAGAUCCAUGCAUGGGAUUGUAUAUUGAUUGGGACUGUGAAUUGGUCGAUUGGCACAUGUCUUGGUUGUUGUUCGAGAGGAGGGUUCGCUCGCCUUGUUGUCGCCGGUUUUCUGUUAAGGGAGGGUUACGCCUUCAGACACAGAUUUCAAAGGCUGUUAAAGAAAUUAACUCGUGAUUGUAAUGAUGGCCCACCGAAACAGCACGAAGCGGUCGGAAUCCCUGCCGAACACUUUACCAGGUGCAAUGUUUGGAAACGGACAACACAGUGCCGAGGAUAACCCGAACUACUUGGUGUAUAAGAAGAUGGAAGCAAUAGUGGACCGGAUGCAGGAUGAGGCAACGGGUGUUCCUGUACGAACCGUCAAAAGCUUCAUGUCCAAAGUGCCAAGUGUAUUCACAGGUCAGGAUCUGGUCAGCUGGAUGAUGAGGAACCUGGAUGUGGAGGACCAAGUGGAAGCACUUCAUCUGGCCCAUCUAAUGUCUGCACAUGGCUACUUCUUCCCAAUAGACGACCAUGUGCUCUCCGUCAAGAGCGACAACACCUACUACAGAUUUCAGACUCCAUGUUUUUGGCCUUCUCGCUGUGGAGAACCAGAGAAUACUGAUUAUGCUGUUUAUUUAUGCAAGAGAACGAUGCAGAACAAGCAAAGGCUGGAACUAGCAGACUACGAGGCUGAAAACUUAGCACGAUUACAAAAAAUGUUCUCUAGGAAAUGGGAAUUUAUAUUCAUGCAAGCCGAAGCACAGGCCAAAGUGGACAAAAAGCGUGAUAAGCUGGAGCGCAAGGUGCUAGACAGUCAGGAGAGGGCCUUCUGGGAUGUCCACAGGCCAGUCCCUGGUUGUGUCAAUACGACAGAGGUGGACAUUAAAAAGGCUUGCCGCAUGAACCGCCACUCGAAGAUCACAAGAGUAGGAAGCCUGGAUAUGAGGACUACAAAUCGUGUUUCUCUGCAGCCUAAUUACGCAGUCCCUGGGGGCAGAAUAAGCCCCAGUGUCUCUGAGGCUGAUCUUCAUAACCCCACAGACUCCAUACGAAGGGAGAUUGAUGCUCUACGAAGGAAAUUAGAGAAAAGAAGAGUGAAAAUAUCAAAAGUCACAGAAAGUUACAUGGCUUACUAUGAGCAAUACGCAGAAUACGAUGCCUUCAUAACCAGCCCCGAUCCAACCAACCCCUGGAUCUCAGAUAACAUGGAAUUCUGGGAGACAGAAAAAUCAUUAAGCGGUCGUGACAUCCCGCAACGCCGAGUCAAGAGGUGGGCGUUCUCCGUGGAGGAACUACUCAAUGACACAGCAGGGAGGGACCAGUUCAGCAAAUUUUUAGACAAAGAAUUUAGUGGUGAAAAUUUAAAAUUCUGGCUGGCAUGUCAGGAAUUAAAGGGACUUCCGAUGCGGGAGGUGAAUAAGAAGGUGCACGAAAUGUUUAGUGAGUUCUUGGCGCCCGGUGCACACAACCCCGUGAAUGUCGACUGCCAGGUGAUGGAGCUGGUCAGACGCAGGGUAGAAAAUAGUCCCACACGAUUCUGCUUCGAUGAAGCUCAGGACCAUAUAUUCAAGCUGAUGAAGAGCGACAGCUACAGCCGCUACCUACGCUCCGAUAUGUACAAGGAAUUUUUAAGUGGGACCCGGAAGAAACAGACCAGGUCCAUUAUCCCCAAGCUUCCAAGUCUCAGCAUCGGUGGAACUUGAUUGUAGCUGUGUACGACACCACUGCCUGCCAUCCCGCCCAUCUGUACAAACGCCUGUCCGCCCGCCCGCCUGCCAAAAAACAUACACUUUUGACCUAUUUGCUUUAAAGCACUCCACAUCUUACUACACUCAUUCUUGGAUUUGAUUGGUCCAUAUAUUUUCCUCUCUGCUUGAUUGACCAAUCACCAGCCUCCUUACUGUUCUCUUCUUACAUCAGCACUGUGAAUGAAUGGAUGUUUCCAAUUGGUCCAGCUAACCUGGCCAAGCUAUGUGAUUGGCUGGACUCUGCUUUUGCUGUGAAUAGCAUGUGCACUGUUUGACACCAGUUGCUCUUAGCGCUUAUUAGUUCUCUCUCUGCGACUAAUACUCCUUGCUUUUUUGCUGUUUUCAGAGCAAAAAACGGCUAGAAAUAAGAAAGGUGUAAAACUGUAUGGGGACUCCUAACACUGACGUGUGUGAUGGCUUGUGUGAUGAAAGUCAUGGACCAUUGCAGAAUGUCUAAUGUGCAUGCUAUACGUCUGCUGCCAAGUCACCUUAAAUUCAGUCUCGGCUGUGCCUGGUGGUGGUGAUGGUGAUGGUGGUGUGUCAACAUUCUGCUAAUGUAGCUGUCUUCAUGCAUAAUGUGUACAUGUCUAGUACUCAAACACUGUGGUACGGUGAGGUACUGUGAACAGUGGUACUGAAAUAGUACCUUAAGAUAAGUACCGCUUGGUACCAUCAGUAACAUGUGGAAACGGUAUCCUUUGAUUUAUGAUGCAAAAUACUGAACCAGGAUGGUUCCAUAAAUGGUUCUUAAAAUUCUUUUGGAAGAUUUCUUGUUUGAGUGUUACAAAGAGAAUCGGUUCCGAUGUAGUACUGUGAUGUCACGACAGUACCAAACCAGAUGUCAGUGUACCAUUUAUGUUCAUAACGGAUGUAUCAUUCAACAAAAAAUGAAAUUCAAAAAUGAAAAAUGUAACGGCAUCCAUCUAUAUCAAGUCCCACGGAGACCUGGUGCAAUGGUCGCCUACCGGGAGAGGCUAACAGGACAGUGGUACCCUAUGGUAAUGUGAAUAUGAUCAGGGUAGCCAGUAAUGACACUGAUAUUAUGAUACCCGAAACGGAAAGAUGUACCAAGAAAUGAUAAUUCUAUUGCCUCAUGAGGAUUCUAAUAUUGAUGGUAUGUGAUCAUGGUACAUCAGUGAUUCGCAGUGAUGAUGUAAUACUGUAACGGUACCUGGAGGUGAUAUGGUAACGGUUCCAGGAGGUGAUAUGGUAACGGUACCAGGAGGUGACAUGGUAACGGUUCCAGGAGGUGACAUGGUAAUGGUACCAGGAGGUGAUAUGGUAACGGUACCAGGAGGUGACAUGGUAACGGUACCAGGAGAUGAUAUGGUAACAGUUCCAGAAGGUGAUAUGGUAACGGUACCAGGAGAUGAUAUGGUAAUGGUACCAGGAGGUGAUAUGGUAACGGUACCAGGUGACAUGGUAAUGGUACAAGGAGGUGACAUGGUAACGGUACAAGGAGGAAGUGUUUCCAUGGUCUGUGAUAUGCAAGACGAAUUCAGUGAGUACUUGAAACAUCUAGAUAAUGUCCAUGACAUCACACAGAUGGGAAGAUGACGACCUACCAGCAAGUACUGUGAUACUAACACAGAUGAUACUGUGGGUACUGUGAUGGCACAGUGUUGUUUGAUGGACGUCUGAAACAACACUAAACAACAUGGCAUGAAGCAAGUGCCAUAGUACUGUACCACAGUCCCACAACAGCAAAAUGUUCAAUAUGCACAAGUGAGGAAGUGUUUUUGAGUUUGUUUUCCGAGAUGGUUUUAUGUAGACAGAAAGCAGCAUUGUUUCAACAUUGUGUAACUAUGGCAACUGCAUUAUUGGAGCGGCAAGCAACUUUGUGAAAAUGUGGCAGAGAGCAACAAGUUUGUGUAACUAUGGCAACUUCAUUAUAUGGGUGGCAAUCAACCUUGUGUUACUAUGGCAACUGCAUCACAGGCACAGAUGGCAAGAAGCAUUGUGUAACUAUGGCAACUGCAUUACUGGGGUAUAUGUGAUACAUGACUUCCGCGUGGAGCUGCUUGGUGAGUGUCAGUCCCCGACAACCCUGGUGGUGCUAGGAGGGGGAUGUUCGUUUUAUCAUGUAUUGUUUGGAAAUGAAUCGGAUGAAGAUAUUUUCCUGAUCUCAAGACAAACAUUUGACAUGUAAAUGUCACUAUUUUUGUCUGUAACCAAUAGCAACUAAGUUAUUCUCCCCAUCACAGCUUGUGUUUGUGCAACAACAGCUGCUGUCCCAGCUUCGUCUUCAUCCGCAACAUCAUCAGCUUUCCCCCCAGACUUGUACAUGAUGGUUGUUCAAGUGCCAAAUAUGGGUCCAUUAUUUCAAAUUGCAUGCCUCACCACAAGCUUUUCACGAAGCCAUCAGUGUGGACAACCACACUGGGUGCUCUGGUACUAAUGUUUGGAUUGUCACUAUGAUGUAUCAUCAUGCGUUUUCAUUACCCGUGAGGCAUUGUUAUAUUAGUACAUGUGUAGGUCCAUAUAACAUUAUACAAAAACCAGCUCUUUCAUGUCUGCAGGUGCUUGUUCUAAUCUCUGAAGGUCAAAGAUCACAAAGGUCACCGUUGCUGUGACAACUGCAAAGGGUAUUGUGACCUAUCAUGUCAAAUUGUCAUGGUCAAGGUCGGUAUGGCAAAAGCAACGAGUGCCCGACCUGUCCUCAGGUCAUAUUCUUAAAGAAAUGAAGGACACUACGGCAAAAACAGACCAUUAUAUACUCAAUUUAUCAUGAGGAAAUUAGCAUCCUUAUAUGUUAAGUAUAAAUGGUAGGUAUUUUACUUGUGGCAAGAAGUAACUAUCCGUUCAUUUUGUCAAUACUACAGUAAAUAAAACCUGAGAACUGACCAUGACCCAGACAGUCUGUAUGUGUCCAUCUCUCCGCCACCAUUGCCAUAAACCAGUUAUGACCUUGUAACCUUGACCUGACCUGUAUGCAUGAUAAGAAAACCCAAGGUCAGGGUCAUUGCAAGUUUAUGUAAAUAUGUGAGGUUAAGAAAUACAACAGGUGUAGCAUAUCUUGCUGAUGACACCCUGCAUCUGCAGGGCUGAUUGAAAUACAUGUAUUUCAUAUAGAUGAGAAUGAGAAUUCUUAAUGUGUGCAUGAUCCAUAACUCAUUGAUGUAUGUAUAAAGCUAUUCCACUUGUAUUUUAUUUUGGAAUUUUUAGUGUCCAUUGACUUAACUCUACCAUUAGAAUGGUGCAGAGAUUUGAGAUGAAUGAAUUAAUAAAAUCAGCACCUCUCUUCAUCAUUAAGACUUGCCAUACGUUAAAGUUGUCAUCAAAUAAAAUUGUUUUGUUUCAAAAAAUGCUUUGUUUCAAAUAUUCAUUAUUUGCAACCUGCACUAAAGAAUAUGGUUAUACGCAUCAUAAAUAUUUUACAAUAUUUUUUUAUGUCCAAUGACCAAUGUGUAUUCAUUUAUCAAAUCAUUUCAGUACAUUAUUCCCAAAUAAGACAGUGUGUCCAAAAUCAUCAACUAUUUUUUUUGUCUACAGGAAUACAUAUCACAUGGAACAAUUUAUCAAGUUUGAACAUUUAUUUUUAUGAGAAUGUCUCCAUGAACCAACCAUACACAAGAUUUCACCUCAGGUUAACUGUUGUCACUACAAAAUAUUCAUGUAUUGAGAAGGUUAUCAUGUUGAAUAUUCAAAAAAAGAAGUUAUCUUCUAAAAAAAACAAAUAUGUGAUCAGAUAGUUUGAAUCAGGUUAUAUUCCUUAAGAUGAUGGGGAAGUAGGUUAUGUUCAACCCACAGGUUCUAAUCUGGCAUGGGCCAACAAAACACAGCAUUACUGGGAUCAAAUCCAACUCUCCAACUGUAGACCCGUGCUGACGCUAGCCUUGUCAACAUCUCUUUAAGGCAUCAUAUGUUUAUAUUCUACAGUUAAUACCAAAAUUGAUCAGUGAAGUGGUUAUUUGCAUGGCAUUGUGCCCUGAUGGGGUGGGUUGUUUUGAAUGCUUUCAGUCACUGGUUUGUCUGGUCCAGAUUGUUUACAGGUCACUGUGAAAUACCUGGAGUAUUACUGACUGUGGCAUGUGUAUAUGGUUAGUAUUUUUAACAUGUUAAGCUUCAGAUUAAAGUUCAAACCUUUAAGAACAGAACAACAUGUAUAUAUGCAGCUUCCUUUCAAAACAGUGGUACUGCUGUGUCAUGAAAUAACAAGCUGAUUCAGCAAUUUAAUGUCACUGAUAGGUCCAUGAACCAAAAAUAUACAUUGUUGUAGGAAACAGUAUAAUAAUCUGAAAGUCAGCAUUGAGGCAGAUUAAUUUAUUUUCUUCUUUUGCAGAUGAACUAACCUUUUGAAAAGUAAAACAAAAUAUGUAAAAAAUAUUGUGUUUGAUCCUGAACAUCUUUUUGGUAGAAGUAUUAUUUCAAGAGUUUUUUAUUUUAUUUUGAAACCUUGACAACUGACUAAGAUAAUCUGUAAAAUAAGAAAUAUAUUUGGUUCGGUCUUUUUAAAACAUCUUUUGAUGAAAUAGUGCAGCUUGGAAUUACAGCUGUGGAAGAGGAAUAUUAAACAAAAUUAUGUAUAAAAAAUAUUUUGUUUCAUAUUUAAUUUAUUGGAUAUAUGUAUCAAGCCUGAGAAAGAUGAUGCGACCCAUAUGUAUUCACACCAUGCAAAAAACAAGGGUAUUUCACAUUGCUGAUCUAUGUCAUUGAAAUAGCAGCAUAGAAUUCAUCUUUUAUCAUGUUUUAUCAUUCUCUACUGUAACCAUGGUAACAAGACCAAUUACAGCAUGACCAUAGUUUGAUGACAACCACAAUGAGGUUGGAUAAGCAGCAAGAUUAGUCAUUAGAUAUUGGGGUGAGGCAUGUACAUCCUCCUUGAAUUCUUGUCAUGUUUCUCCUGAAUGUCUUAGACUCCCUGGUAAUAAGGGACAUGCACUAUACUGAACACUUGGUAUACCACAGUUGACUGGUUUACCUAGACCUGUGUAUACAAAACACUCAUUAUUCUGGACAUUGGGUAUUGUGGACAUCAGAACAGUGAGCCCAUGAAGUUUGUCCAGUGUAUCAAUCCUCUUGGUGAUAAAACCUUAUUCAGACACAUUACAUAUGGUCUAUUAAAGUCUGGCAGCUAAAUUUAACUAUUCCCACUUGUUCUUAAUACAUGUUAUUUCAAGCGAUCAACCAUUUGUAUAAUGUUACAUGAGCACUGAUUGGUCAGAUCCUCUCUCAUUUUGCUCUGGCUGGAACAAGGCUGUCACUCGAUUGGCUGUUUAUCGUCUACACCAAAUAUUGGCUCAGUGUUUACGGGUGAUUGUAGCAUACAAAAACCUGUAACGUAUUGAUCAUUAUGAGAGCAAGAUCAUUCAGACCUCAGUUUCUGCAAAUUCAAACCAUAUGUAUGGUGAACUCAUUGCCAUGCAGAUGUUUUAGGACCACUUAGAAUCCUAUUGGUGUUUGGCUCAACAUGCAGCAAGCCAACAGUUUUUUAUAUUUGUUGUUUUACACUGCAGUCAGCAAUAUUCCAGCUAUAAAACCGCAGCCUGUAAGUAGUCAACCUGGGUCAGACAAACCAGUGGUUGAUAGUAUGAGCAUCCCCCCAUGCCAUCUGGGCAAGAUGACGUGCAAUCAGUCAAAUCCCAAAUCCUCACCAACCAAUCCUCUUACAACAAGCAAUAGAGUGCUACUCCAAUCUGGUUCCGGCAAAUCCAACAGGUAUAAAAUCACAAAUAUAUUACCUCAACACCAGAGAAUAAGCAGUCUUGAAUAUCCGACAAAACUGAUUUCACUGGACGUAAAAAAUAGCUGUGAAUAUAUGAAUGGAUCACUGAAAAUCAGUGAUGACACCAGGUGUUAGCGAGAAGGGUAAGCAUGUCAUGUCCAAUGGUACCCAUCUUCCCGAGGCAAGAGAGUUAACUGUCUUUAAAAGUCCAU